UUUUUGGCGGCGGACCGAUAUGGAUAAAGGGACCCCGCGGAGCCGGCACUGCGCCACUCGCCGCUCUCACCGGUCUAUCGCACGACGUUACGCGACCCUCAGCGACCGUCCGCCGAUCUCACUCUCGGCUAUCACAUCAGCGUACGAAAGUAACACUAACAGCCGAUCAAGAUGUGUGACGAUGAUGUUGCGGCACUAGUCGUGGACAAUGGGUCCGGUAUGUGCAAGGCCGGAUUUGCGGGAGACGAUGCACCGCGCGCCGUGUUCCCCAGCAUCGUCGGCCGCCCACGUCAUCAGGGUGUGAUGGUCGGUAUGGGUCAAAAAGAUAGCUACGUGGGUGACGAGGCGCAAAGUAAGAGAGGUAUAUUGACUCUGAAGUAUCCUAUCGAACACGGUAUUAUCACCAACUGGGACGACAUGGAAAAGAUCUGGCAUCAUACUUUCUACAAUGAAUUGCGUGUGGCUCCUGAAGAACACCCGGUCCUUCUCACCGAGGCACCACUGAACCCCAAAGCUAACCGUGAAAAGAUGACACAGAUCAUGUUCGAAACCUUCAACAGCCCGGCCAUGUACGUCGCCAUCCAGGCCGUACUCUCUCUGUACGCUUCCGGUCGUACCACCGGUAUCGUCUUGGACUCCGGCGAUGGUGUAUCCCACACCGUACCCAUCUAUGAAGGUUACGCUCUUCCCCAUGCUAUCCUCCGUUUGGACUUAGCCGGUCGCGAUCUUACCGACUACCUCAUGAAAAUCCUCACUGAGAGAGGCUACAGCUUCACCACCACGGCUGAGCGAGAAAUCGUCCGCGAUAUCAAGGAGAAACUUUGCUAUGUCGCCCUGGACUUCGAACAGGAAAUGGCUACCGCCGCUGCCAGCACCUCUCUCGAGAAGAGCUACGAGUUGCCCGAUGGUCAAGUCAUCACCAUCGGCAACGAGAGGUUCCGCUGUCCCGAAGCUCUCUUCCAGCCUUCCUUCCUGGGUAUGGAGUCUUGCGGUAUUCACGAAACUGUCUACAACUCGAUCAUGAAAUGUGACGUCGACAUCCGUAAGGACCUUUACGCCAACACCGUCCUCUCUGGUGGUACCACCAUGUACCCUGGUAUCGCCGAUCGUAUGCAGAAGGAAAUCACUGCCCUCGCACCCUCGACCAUCAAGAUCAAGAUCAUCGCUCCUCCCGAGAGGAAAUACUCCGUAUGGAUCGGCGGUUCCAUCCUGGCCUCCCUGUCCACCUUCCAACAGAUGUGGAUCUCCAAACAGGAGUACGACGAAUCCGGCCCCGGCAUUGUCCACCGCAAAUGCUUCUAAGCACGCAUUGCCAAAGAUUAAACAGCGUCACCGCCGCAACUCUUUUCUUUCUCUUCGUCGAUUGUCUCCUUUUCCACGCAUACGGCCGUAUUUUAAGUUAUAUCAUAUUCCUCACGAGAUACAUAGACGCGAAAAGAGAGGGAAG